CAAUGAUUUAUACAUAGGCAAAAUGGCUGUGCGAGUGGAAUGGAGUUUCAGGCAGAUGCCCAUACCCCAGAAGGUUCAACGACGCCCGCUAAGCUCCUCCUUCAGCCAAGGGGAGUGCCCAUGCAUGCAGAGGACUACUGGGUGAUAUACACAGACUACGUAGACCAUGCCUUGGUGUACAGCUGUUCCCAGAAGAACGAAGAUGGGACUUGUCCAGAGGACAGAGCUCGUGUUUGGUUCCUUGGACGAUCAGGGACACUGUCAGUACAGGCAAGGCAUCACAUGGAAUCCUUGCUACUAGGCCUCUGUGUGGAUGUCGGCAGGAUGCAGGAUAUCCCUACAGAAUGUGAUGCGGAACUAGGAGUAGCAGCGUCAGUCGAGUCUAUGCCACAUGCUCAUGGAGGAAUGGCACCAACUUCAUGUUUAGUGAGUGAGAUCCAGACUUUGGAAAACUUCAAUAAAAAUCAGUACACUGGGACAUGGUAUGUGAUAUCACACCUUCAAGGUAGCAUCUAUCCGUACCACAGGAUCUCACAUUAUACCCUUGAUGAAGAGAACUCGUUCAGAAUGCUCACCCACAGAAUAACAAGUGCUGGAGAAUGUUCUGCUGCCUGGAAGUUUCAAGGUCAAGCCUACAAUCCCGAUACAUCGGAUGUUACUUCUAAGAUGGUCCUCAAGCCAUUUGGCAUGCCCGUUUAUGGUGAGGACUACUGGGUAAUCUACACGGACUACACAGACCACGCCCUGAUCUACAGCUGCCGGGAGACCAACGAGGAUGGGACGUGCUCGGAGGACGCCUCUCACGCCUGGAUGAUGAGCCGUAACCCGACCUUGACCCCUGCCGCAAGGUCACACAUGGAGAUGCUGCUGACGGAGAUGUGUGUAGAUGUUAGCCGUCUUAUUGACACUCCUCAUGAAUGCGAUGAACUUCUUGGACCCGACACCCUCAUUGAUCAAGGCCCCGCCAAUGAAUGUGUGGUGCACAGCUUUGAGACUAUGCCAAACUUUGACAAGGAUCGAUACCAAGGAACCUGGUAUGUCAUCUCCCAUCUUGAAGAAAGCGUGUACCCUUACCAGAGAAUCUCAAACUACACACUGGAGGUAGAUGGCUCCUUUACCAUGGCAACAGAACGUAUAACAUCACAAGGAGCAUGUGACAGUGCAAUGCGGUUUGAAGCAAUGGCUUCCCAGCCUGCCGAAUCAACAUCAUCAUCUAAACUGACUCUGAGACCAAGAGGCAUGGACGUAGAAGGAGAGGAUUACUGGAUAGUAUACACAGACUACACCCACUACGCCCUCGUCUACAGCUGCGGAACCAAGAACCUUGACGGAACCUGCCAGGAGGAUGCUGCAAAGGUAUGGCUUCUCAGCCGUCAUCCCAAGAUGUCUGACUUUGCCCGUAGCUAUCUGGUGUCCAGGAUGCGAGACCUCUGCAUGGAUCCCCGGAACCUUGUGGAUACCCCAUCAGAAUGUGAUGAAGCUUUAGGAGUCGCAAGAGCAGACAGGUGUUCAGUCGAGAAGUUUUCAGUAAUGAGGGAAUUUGACAUGUCUAGAUAUACUGGAGCAUGGUAUAUGAUCAAAUCUUUACGAAACGAUGUCCACCCUUACCAACGUAUCUCACAAUAUUCUCUUCAUCACGAUGGCUCCAUUCUCAUGACAUCAGAUGGUAUUCAAUCGGGACCAGAUCAGUGUGACACCAGCUGGCAUUUUGAGGCCAAAGGUACGCUUGGAGACCCACAGGCUGCCAAGCUAACACUCAAACCCAUCGGUAUCCCUGCACCGGGAGAGGAUUACUGGGUGAUCUACACCGAUUACACCGACCACGCCCUGGUCUACAGCUGCACCGACAAGAAGCUUGAUGAAACCUGUAAAGAGGGCGCUGUCCAUGCUUACGUCCUGAGUCGUAAUACCACGCUGUCCGACCAAGCAAUGAGACAUGUUAAUAUGCUUCUUGAGGCAGUGUGUGUUGAUCCACAUGCUAUGAUCCCCACGCCCUCAGAAUGUGAUCAUGUCCUUGAAAUGGGAAUCAGAAGACCAGUGGUGGAAUUGGCCAGGUCUUGUGUUGUGGAUGAGCUCCCCAUUAUGGAAGAUUUUGAUAUUGCACGCUAUGCAGGUGCUUGGUACACAGUGUCCCAGAUUCAACCAUUUGAGUAUCCGUUCCACAGAGUUUCAAACUAUGUUCUCCAAGAUAAUGGGAGACUUCUGAUGUCUACGGAUCAGUUCUUCAGACCCGGAAACUGUUCGACCAUGCAUUUUGAUGCCCACGCCUUCCAUCUAGAUCGAGAGGAAGGCGAUUCCAACCCAAUCAAUGGAAAACUAUUUCUUCAACCGCUUGAUAGUAGGGUCCCUCCAGGCAACUACUGGGUAGCUUACACCGACUACACCGACCACGCCCUGGUGUACAGCUGCAUCCGGAAGAACGUGAGCGGAGAGUGCAUGAAGGGAUACUCCAUGGCCUGGUUCAUGUCGAGGAAUCCCGGGCUGAGCGAGGGCGCUAUCACUCACAUGAAACAUAUCCUUGGUCAGCUUUGCGUUGACCAGUCCAGAUUGAGAGACGUCAUCACAGCAUGCGAUGCAGCAAUUGGUAUAAGUUCAGAAGCAAGAAGUCCAUGCGAUAUUUCAACAUUUCAAGUGAAAGAAAAUUUUGUCAUCGAUAAGUUUAUGGGAGACUGGUAUGAAUUAAGCCACAUCCGUGGUGAGAAUCGAUUCAUGGUAGUCCCGGACAAUGAAAGGAUGUCUAUUACAGCGCCCUCUGGUGACAAUGAUGGUCACAUUGCAAUAACCAUGAAGAACAUUAGAUUGGAUGGAGAAUGCUUAGAAAAUGAUAUGCCAGGCAUGGGAUGGCUUGGCCGUGAAGAGCCUGCUAAGAUUGUUGUAUCAUUUCCUCUUAUACCAGAAGGUUAUCAAGUACCACAAGUGGUAAACUACUGGGUGCUGGAUACAGACUAUGACAACUACGCUAUCAUGUACACCUGUCAUCGGAUCAAGAGGGACGGCACCUGUGACCCGUUGGCUAUGGGUCUCUGGAUCCUGGGUAGAGAGAGGCAAAUCCAGCCAAGAUUCUGGGCAACCGUCCAGAGGGUCAUCGAGGAAGCUUGCAUUGACCAGGCCACAGUGCAGGCUAACCCAGCUUCUUGUCCCCAGGAAUCUAAUGCUGACCCAGCACCAGUCGACAAUGUGGUUUGUGAGGACAUAGGAUUUGGAUGCUGUCUCUUGUCUGCGGAGGCCUCUGUCGAUGCCGACUACUCAAACUGUCCUCGUGUAGCACCCCCUGUUGCUGGUCAGAUGAUCCCUGAAGCACCUGUUAGCAUUGUUGAAGGCCAAGCUGUCUGUGAUUUGCGCUUGAAUUGCAAGAUGUUCUGCCGCUUUGGAUUCAAGAGAGACAGCGACACCUGUGAGAUAUGUGCAUGUGCCGAAGCACCAAUUCUUACACCGGAUCAGCCUCAUCACAGAGGGAGAGCCUGUCAGAGACGCUAUGACAUCGUCAUGGCCAAGUUGAAGAACAACCCCCCUCGUAACGGUUUCUACGUCCCUCAGUGCGACGAAGACGGCAAUUACCACAAACUCCAGUGCCUCUACCCACAGGAACGAUGCUGGUGCGCCAAUACCGAAACUGGGCAACGUGUCGGCAAGGCCCGGAACAAUGGAGACACGCCCUUCUGCGCUCCUUGAGAGAAUGCAAUAUGCAAGGUGCGAUGGAAAGCUAUCGAAUUGUAUGAAGAGAUAUGAAAUGUUUGAAAUGUUGCACAAAAUUUUAUUUUCUGAUGAUUGGGGGCAUUUUUUAAUACUGCACUGUUGGGUGAUUGCAGCUUUUUUUUCCUGUACAGAGAAGCCCCUCCUUGCUUGCAAUUCUAUGUGGACGUGAUUGCUCAAUAAUUUGUGUUUAUUUUUGAAAGAAUGGAAGAUAUUAGUCAUUGACCAUAUAAAUCUGGUAUUGACAAACGGGUACAGUUUUAAUGGUUUAGGAGCAGAUUGGGAUCAUUACACUGGGCUUGGUUUGGAUAAUAUCCUAAUUGUUUUACAGUCCUUUAAGCUUUCUUUCAUGUAAAUUAGCUGACAUUAAACAAAUCUUUAUGUACAUACACCAAGACAAGACAUGUCAUUGUAUUAAGAGUUUUACCAGUAUGUUGUCGGCAUUUGAAAUUUUAUGAAUCUAAUGUCAUUAAAAUUUGCUAUUUUUGUAUUGCAUGAAUGGAUGUGAAUUGAUACAAAUAAAUAUGUUGUAAAUUGUUUUAAAUUUCUUGAUGAAUUUGUAAAUUUCAGUUUUGAAACAACUUGCACUUAACAAUGAGUACUGUGUCCAACCUUUUCUCUGUCUGUCUCCCCCCCCCUCUCUCUCUCUCUCUCCCUCUCGUUGUAUCUCUGCCAUAUUAUCAUAUAGGGGUAAAUAUAUUACCAGUAUAACACAUACAAAUACAUAUUUUUUCAGUGUAGCUGUCUUCAACAACUCGUCAGUUAAAUAUGUUAGCUGAUACUAUUCUCACUACUAGUAUUUGAAGAAAACUGCCAUGAGUUUUGUGAUAUUCCUUUAAAAAAACAUACAAAUAAAUUGUGUGAUUCAAUA